CUCAAUUUAUUCGAAAUUAUCAAGUCAAAGCUUGGUAAUGAUACCUACAGAAUCGAUCAAAGUUUGUUUUGAGAAAAUUAAACCCUAAAGUGAAUAAAUCAGUUUGAGUAAUCGUUUCUCAAAUUCUAAGUUAAUAAUUGCGAAAAAUACGUAUUGUUACGGCUGUGGUAAUCAACUUGGACGCAGUUCACUUCAGAAUACAAUACUCAGUUAUAUAUGAAUUCAUUGUUGUUUCCAAGCAUAUUUAGUGAUCACAGACGACGAAAACUCACAUACGAACUUUGACAUUGUAGACUAUUUGACUUUUAGAUGAUGCUAUGUAUAAAAUCAUUCAAGACCAGGAUUGUACACGAAUAUUUUUACAUAUCAGUUAUUUUGUUUAAUUUCUAACUACCGCAUUGCAUCACAUAUUCAAAGUUUUCUGAUUUACUGAUCCAAAUAUUUCGAAUUUUAUCUUCAGAAAGUGUUGAUCUAUGCUGUACGUAAACUGUUUUAUGAUAAAGAUGAUUUCAAGUGAAAACUAACAUCUGAAGCUGAAUUCUAAAUUUUUGAAUAGCUACGUGUCAUUGGUGUUACAAUUAAAUGUGUACGCUGAGGUUUCAUUGGUAUACCAUACAAAACACCAUGAAUAAAUAUCCUUCACGAAAUAGGACGACUCAUAUGAAUAGUUGAAUUUGUGUUGAUUUAUUCCAUUCGGCUAUUUCCGGGAGAAUGUCUCCCGAUGCCUAAUUGACUCUGUAAUCAAGUGAUUUGUGAAUCUUUUCCAACAAUAUGGAUGGUAGUUGCGAUGCCAAGCUGUUUUCUAAUUACCGUCACCAUUCAGAAAGAUCACUUUUAACUGAUUGUCCAUAGUUUAAACAGUGUGUGUUUCGACUUCUCAACUAACCACAAAAAAAUCAACCACUUCACGAUUAUCUGAUAUCAACGCUAGUAGUUGGGCAGAUAGUUAUUGGCAACUACUGAAAAAUUACUUUCUCAACACAAAGUAGGGAUAAAUAGUCGAACACAUUUCUAAUGUUUGAGUAUACAGAUUUAAAUUGCUCACUACUAUUGUUUAAUCAUGAAGGUUAUAUACAGUGAUUACAAUAAACCUAUUAUACACCUGUUGAGAUGCCUUAUAAUUGGUAAAUCAGGAGGAGAUUGUUUUGUGACUGUCAUUCAUAAACCGUCGAAUAAUUCAGACCAGAGCACUUAUAGUCCAUCUUAUGGAAAGAAGUCACGAUGUUUUAUUUAUGGAAAUGGCGAUCUGGCAUUCGCGGGUUGCUUUAAAGUGAAGUGUAGUCUUGAAUUCAAACAUCUAGUUUACUUCCGUGGUGAGUGGCGUGAAUGUCCAAGAGACGGUGGUAUUAUGGAAAUAGCUGAAGAUAUAACUGGUCGUGAUUGGAUCCAAUGUCCACGUUUUCAUGAUCUAUGCUCUGUUAAAAAAAUACAAGGAAGAAACGAAAGGAGAGAGAAAGAACAAAAUCUUAUUGCGCAAUCGUAAUGAAAUAAGACGCGUUUUGUAAUUAACGAAUCACACUAGUUUUAUAUUGUAGUGAAAUUUAUCUCAUGAUCUUAACCAUUGAAAUUACUAUAAUAUCCACAAAACCCAACUGAUAUUAAUUUAUUGUUUAAAAAUCCCCAUAGUAUUUGAACGAAGAAUAUUGUUUUCGAUAAAUUCACUUCAGUUACUACAAUUCAUAUAUCCAAAUUAGUAGUCCGAAAAAUGAUCAGGCAAGGGCAAAGUACAUCAUUUGAAAUAUGUGAAUUUAGGAUUGUUAAACAAUAUGGAAUAAAAUUGUUAAUGUCGAUAUGACUCAUAUGGAAUGUCAACUUGAAUUAGCUUAUAUAUUAAGUGCAAUUUUAACACUCAUGAUCAGAACAAAUAUGGGUCGGAUAGGGUGAGAGAAAUAAUAGUGUAGUUACAAUUUCGAUCAAAUAUUUGAUAGAAGACUACAAUGUGUAAAAGUUUUAUAUGA